AUGAUGUCUGGUGACAUAGGAAUUUCUGCCUUCCCCAAGUCAGGCAACCUUUUCAAAUUGGUAGGGACCUUCCAUGGAGCAGCUGGCACAGUGUAUGAAGACCUGAGGUAUAAGCUCUCCCUGGAGUUUCCCAGUGGCUACCCUCACAACACUUCCACAGUAAAGUUCCUCACUCUCUGCUACCAUCCCAGUGUGGACACCCAGGGUAACAUCUGUCUGGAUAUCCUCAAGGACAAGUGGUCUGCCUUGUAUGAUGUCAGGACCAUCCUACUCUCCAUCCAGAGCUUACCCACAGAACCCAACAUGGAUAGUCCUUUCAACACACAUGUUGCAGAGCUCUGGAAAAAUCCCACAACUUUUAAGAAGCACCUGCAAUAA